GCUUGGUUCAAAUAUUUUCAAUUCAGUGUACCGGUCAACUUCGCUGGCUGAUAAAGCAGGAUGUGAAGACAACAUACGAUGGGAUUUUCCUAGACCGUGGUAUUCUAAGCUAUACCGAUGCGUCAAUUAAAUCUACUUGACAUUUUUGCAGAGUGAACAUGAGGGCCCCAAUAAAGAAAUCUCGGAAGAAGGUGGUAAAUCUAGAAGACGUAAUCAGGACGAAGCCCUUUCCACAUAUCCCCACGGUAUCAUCCUUAUAUACAGGUAUUCCAGAUGAUCCAUCUCCUCCUGAAGAGCCUGAUGUACUUCCUACAGUGCCCGAAGUUCCUGAGGAGCCUGAAGAGGACGAGGAGGACGAGGAGGAGCACGAGGACGAGCACGAGGACGAGGAAGACCCUACCUGCUGUCAAACAUUUCGCAUGAGAAGCAAGCAGGCAUGUUGUACCUGCGAGAAGGAGCGAAGACUAUAGAAGUUACUGAAAUCUCAGGUUGCAGUACUUGCUGUAAUUUUCAUCUUGUUUCUGAUAGGGUACUUAUUGCGGCGGUACGUCGGCUCCUAGGUAAGUUAUUUCUGCUAUUUCUUGACGGCUUGGCAACU